AUGGUGAAGAAAGCGGCUGAGGCCGACGGCGUUCCGCCAAAGGCCGGGCGAGGUAAGCGUCAGACAGCCGCUGACCAGGAUGUGGCUGGUCCUUCCAACGAUGCUGCAGCUACCAAGCGUCCACGCGGCCGACCGCCAAAGACCUCGUCGGAGAGGCCGCUCGCCCCGACGCCCAUUGCACCUACGCCAGCUCGUAAGUUGCGCAAGGCCAUGGAGGUGACGCAGCCCGAGGGAGAAAACCCUUCGUCCAGCAAGGAAGUGGCUGCCAAAGCUCCGAGAAUCCGCCGUACAAAGCGCUCCCGAAGCUCCUCCUUGGAAAGCCCAAACGACACGCCAAGCCAUGCACCAAAGCGUCGCCGAUCCAAGAAGGUGAGCCGGGGUCGGUCAAGGCACUCAUCGCACAGUAGCCAUGUUGGACCCGCUCGUAAAGCGCGAACACGUAGAGGCUCUUCUGCGUCAUCGAAAGCAAGUUACCCACGGAAGAGGCGCCCCAGGAGCCACCGCCAUGUCCGGUCCAUUACGUCUUCUUCGACCAUGAGCCGGCGCUCGAAGCGUGGCAAGAAGCGACGCCAUACCCAUAGUCGCUCGUCCUCGAGGCACGGAGGGAGGCACGGGAAGGCACGGAUGGCCCCCAGUAGCCGGUCGUCGUCUGUGCGCGGAAGGCGCACUAGGACCGGCAAGACAUCCAAGGAUCGGAAGAAAAAGUAG